AUGGCACCAAACUUCGGCGAACUUUCGGAACAAGCAGCUCUCGGCAGAAAGCUCAGUGGGGAAUUUCUAGGAGAGAAAUUUUUUCACAAUGUGCUCAGUAACAUGAAGGACGAUAUUUUCACAAAAACGAGCAUGGAAUAUAUUUGGGAGACAUGUUUCGCAGCCUAUGCAAGGCCAGGUUUGGAAUGGAAGGAGCGGUCGCUCAUGAAUAUCGCUAUGUUAAUUGCCUUGGGUCGCGGGCCUGAACUUCGCAUCCAUAUCCGUGCGGCUGUGAACAAUGGGUUUUCCGAGGAGAAAAUUUGCGAAGCUAUCCGCCAUGCCAUGAUACACUGUGGUGUUCCAGCUGGACGAGACGCUAUGCUGAUCGCCAGCGAGGUUAUUGGUGAAUUAAAGACAUCAGGAGAGUAUCCAAAGAAAUCGGCAUCUCCCGGCAGAAUUGAUAUUGCCAUCACCAACGCAGGCAUCAGUGGCGCUGAUGCUGUUCAUUUUAAUGAUCUCAGCCUCGACGAGCCGGAAGAACCAAGGCUGAAUAUCCUCGACGUCAAUCUCAUUGGCGCCCUAUAUACAAUCAAACUUGCCUUGUUUUACUUCCGCAAACAAAGUUUGAGUGGUCAAGUACAAGACCAGAAUCUGAUAUUACAAGGAAGCCUCGCGGGCUACAUCGAUUUUCCUGGUGCACGACAAUACAUCUCCUCAAAGUACGGCCUUCGAGGCAUUAUGAAGUCGUUGAGGAGGUCAGAAUUUCAACUUGGCACUCGAACUAAUUAUGUAGCGCCAUGGUUUGUGAAAACAUCUAUUCUGAGUCUGACAGCGAAAAAUUGGCUCGAAUCUUCUGGAAUCGAGUUUGCAGAGGUUGGAGAUGCGGCACGCUGUGUCAUGAGGAUCGUUUCGGACCCGACUGUCAACGGUCGUGUGUUCGGUAUCUUGCCACGAAGUCAGGCAGCCCAUGGUUUCCUCGACAUGAAUGUAGACGAUUAUAAAGAGGGGACGCUGUUAGACGACUUGAAUAAAAUUGCUGUGGGUGCAAAUCACCGUGCCAAUAUCGACCCUAGUCAGCAAAAAACAAACACUCAGUGGUAA